CGUGGCUGAAGAACACGUCGCAUGAAUGAUGACGUUUUGGCAAAACAGGCAUCGCUUUGCCACGUCGGUCUCUGUGUGCUGCUAGUGACUGUAGCUAGCUGCUGUUGCACUGCAAACAGACUCGUUUUUAACCGUCUGUUUGUUGUUGGAGGUAAACCGAUAUAACGUCCUGUGUGUUUAUAAGUAGCACACACAACCCCCGUCCCCGCUAAAACCUAUGAAUAUAUUCCCUUUUAAAACGAGAGAAAUGUUCGCUCCUGUCUCGGCUUGUCAACCCACAAUUGACUGAUGCAUCCGUGUCCAAACCAUCCGCUUUCUGUCAAUGUUGUCCUGGCUGUGUUGGGCCGGGCUGUGAGGUGGUGCUGGUCUCUGGGUCUAGGUGGAGAGGCAGUAGCAGGGGGUGUUGAGGUGGUGCCUGGCCAUGCCCGGGGGCCGCAGGGGGCCAAGUAGACAACAGCUGAGCCGCUCUGCUCUGCCCUCCCUGCAGACUCUGGUGGGGGGCAGCCUCGGCAACGGACUCAGGAACAGGAGCAGUAACUGUGUGGGUCUCUCUGCCCCGCCCCUCUCGGCCCUCAUCACGCCGGAACCCGUCCGUCACUACCGGAUCCCUGACCUCCCAUUGGACAGCAGCCUGCUGUUUGAGUUCCUGCUCUUCCUUUACCUGCUGGUGGCGCUGUUUGUUCAGUAUAUUAAUAUCUACAGGACUGUGUGGUGGUACCCUUAUAGUCACCCUGCUGCCUCCACCUCUCUGAACUUCCAUUUGAUGGACUACCACCUGGCUAUCUUCAUCACAGUGAUGCUGGCCAGGAGACUGGUGUGGACUAUAGUGUCAGAGGCCUCUCAGACCAGUCCAUGUUCCUUGGUACGGUACGUGGUUCUGAUCGCAGCACGGCUCAGCCUCCUCACUCUGUGUGGCUGGGUUCUCUGUUGGACCCUGGUCAACCUGUUCAAGAACCACUCGGUGCUCAACCUGCUCUUCCUUGGAUACCCGUUUGGGGUGUAUGUUCCCCUGUGUUGCUUCCAUCAGGAGAGUAGGGCCCAGCCAGUGCCUUCAGACUGUAGUUACUCAGACCAGGACCUGUCCCACGGGCCCUUCUUCAGGCCUAAGGACUUCCUAGCGUUACUAAGGGAGAACCUGAGAGAGCAGUUUACUACUCCAGGCCACAUCCCCCACCACACCUGUCCCCAGCCCCCGUCUCCAGAACUCAUCCGCAGCGAGGUGGAAGAACUCCGGAGCGACUUCAACCGUCGCAUCAAGGAAGUUCUCUUCAACUCCCUCUUCAGCGCUUACUACGUAGCCUUCCUCCCCCUCUGCUUCGUCAAGAGUACCCAGUACUAUGACAUGCGCUGGUCCUGUGAGCACCUGAUCAUGGUGUGGAUCAAUGCGUUUGUGAUGCUGAUGAGCCAGCUGUUACCUCCCAGCUACUGUGACCUGCUGCACCGCUCUGCAGGCCACCUGGGGCGCUGGCAGAAGCUUGAGCACGGAUUCUACAGCAACGCGCCACAGCAUGUGUGGUCUGAGAGUACAGUCUGGCCCCAGGGGGUGUUGGUACGUCAGUCUCGUAGCCUGUACAAGGCUGUAGGAUCAAUCUCCACCUCUUCUCCUGUAUCAGUUGUGAUAUUAUUUAUUGUGUUGCAGUUCCUUUUCCACAAGCCGUUGCUGAUCCUGAACCUGUUAAUCUGGAUGGAGUCCAGCGUAGUCCUGUAUCAGUUGUACUCCCUGCUCCGCUCUGACAGCUGGAACCACACCCUGUCCCUGGGCCUCAUCCUGUUCUGUAACUACUACGUCCUCUUCAAGCUGCUCCGGGACCGCAUCGUGCUGGGCAAGGCCUACUCCUACCCUGUUACCUCCAGUACCGGGUCCGGCACCACCAACAGCACCGCCACCAACGGCCUGGGGCUCAAGUCCCAGUGACACCCCAGGAGAGGGUUCUGGAGCUGGGGGACGUGGGUUCGGAUACUCCCUAGCCUCCCUGCCACUAUGGCUGUACGGAAGGGGUGGAGGUGAGAGACGGGGUCGGCGUGCAGCAGGAGGGACUGACAGUGAACUCAUAUUGUUUUGAUACGGUUCUAUUUUUCAUGCAAUGUUUAUACCUAUUUAAAUAAUAUUUUAUUUUGUAUACUGUUUUCAAAAGUAACAGGGCAUUACGGUAGUAUUGUCAUGUGAUGUUUGUUGUUGCUUCAUGGUGCAAAGCGAUUGGAUGGGAGAGAGUGAGUUGUGUUCUUAAUGCCAUGAGGCCCCGCCCACAUGCUAUGCUAAGCUCUUCCUCCUAUGCUCACCGUGUUCCGACUUCCACCAAAGAUGCUUAAAGAAGGCUCCAGAGCCAAUCAGAUGGCACCGGCGGCCAAUCAAGGAAGAGACUUUGGCUCGGUUGGCCAAUCAAGGAAGCGACUGAGGAGACCCCGCCUCUCCCUGCACACUGCCUCUUUAGAGAACAUAUUCAUCCCUUUACGGUGUUUUAUUAGGUUUCGUAGCAAGACCGUCUGCAGUUUGGCCAUGAGCGCUGACUCUGGUGCCUGUAGAACAUACCCACGUUCCAAAUGGCACCCUAUUCACUACAUAGUGCACCGCUUUUGACCAGAGCCUUAUUAGCCCAGGUUAAAAUUAGUGCACUAUGUAGGGAAUAGGGUAUAAUUUGGGACAGGCUCAAUGUCUUCUUUGCAGUGUCAUGUUCAUUCAGGUCAUGAAUUUACCACAAAUUGCCGCUCUUCAUUUCACUGUGCCUGAGAAGCGAAAAACAUAGAUAUAGUCUGAAUAGAAUGGACACCACCACCGCAACAGAUUGCAUGACCGUUUUUCUAGAUGGGAGACGAACCGCAUUGAAUGUGCAGAUGUGUGUAUGUGCUUUACUUUCCAGUGUGUGCUUGAAAUUAAAUUACAAAUGACACUUGGUAUCUUCAAUGCUACAAGUUGUGCUCAGCUGCUAGCAGUGUUAUUUUAAACAGCUUGCCUUGUUGCCAGUCCCAGAUGACGAUGUGGGAUGGCUUCUAGUGCCAUAACUGUCCACUCAUCCAUUCUAUCUUGUUCCUUUUCUAUGAGUAGCUGAUCUAGAAUGAUUCAUGUUUUAUCAACGUGCCAAAAUCCCAGGUUGCCUGUAUGAUCAUGUUUGUUCACGGGCGCGUUCCACCUUGUCUUUUAAUGCAGUCCUGGCGCCUCUCAGCAGAUUGCUAUAUGAAAUGAAUGAUGAAUGUGGUACCUGCCAUGUGAGAUCUGAUAUGUGCAGGAUGACUGCAAUAAAGAUGACCUGGAACGCUAGCUGUGUGUUUAUAUUUUCAGUGGGUGAGGUGGGAGGAAGAUGGAGGGGGGGGGG